CCGGGUUCUAGCAACUGGCACUUCCAAUCGACUUGAAGGAAUUACAGAUUCAUGCACUACCAUCGUCAACUGCGCCAUCUCACCAAACAACGACUCAAGGAGAUAUAGCACGAGGCAGCACGAGGUGGUUGUCGACUGUCAGUGUGACUGAGGAGGUUUUCGGUUGUUUUUGCGCGCCCGGAGCGCACCCCUCCACUCUCAUCAACAUGACCACCUUGAGUCCUCAUGUCAAGGCCGUCCGGUCCCUGUACCGACGAGCGCUGCGGCUGUCCUUAGAUUGGGCUGUGCAGCGCAGCCUGUGGCGUGGCCAAGCUGUCUACAUUCGUUCCCUCUUCGAUGCAAACAGGAAUAUCAAUGAUACUCGGACACAAAGAAUUCUUUUCAACGAGACAGAGAAAUUAUUACGGAAAUGGAAGCACCCCGAUCCAUAUAGGCCACCAACAGCUCCCGGUGGCUCCAAAUACGAAAGGAAUUUACCAGCCCCAGAUAUUCCUCCGCCGUCAAGGGACUUUGUCAAGAGAUUAUAAAGGGCUAUUGAAUACAGCAUGAUCGCGACAAAACAUUACAAUUGAUUGUACAUACUAGCAAAGCGCGAGAAGACCUGCCAUUAGAUGGCAUACAGCUUCAGAAAGAAUGAAAAAUGACCAUUGAGCCGUUAUCAUCGAAGACUCUGGACUCUAUCACCAUUCGUUUGGUUCAGCGCAAGGGGAUAUCAACAGGACAAAAUGCGUCCAUUCGUUUUGUCUUUGACCUUUCAGAACAGUGGACUUUUGCAACAACGCGGUCAUGUUUUAGACUCUUCUGGCGUCGUUGGCAUGGCGAGAAACAGGAUUGCGGCUUCUCAUAUGGCCACUCAUUUCGUGUUUCCGAGCAUCACUAGUGGAGGUGUCACGUGAUAUCGAUCCUCCUAAGCUUUAGAUUGACUCGCGCCUUGAGUGAGGUCAUAAUCCAUCAUCCAAAUUCAAGCCUCCAUUCCAC